AUGACGCUCACCAACAUGUCGCUGGUGACGCUGGCGCCGAGGCUGGCGCCCACCAGGCUGCCGGGCGUGUCGCUGGGCGCGUCGGCCGGCGUCUUCGACGAGGACGUGUCCCCCGUGACGCUGGACGCGCGCUGGAGCGAGAUGGCGCGCCUGCUGCUGCUCGCCGCCAUGGCCAUCGUGGGCUCCAUCGGCAACGUGUUCCUCAUCAGCUCCAUCCUCAUCGAGGACCACCUCAAGCAGCGAGGCAACUCGCUGAUCGCCAACGUGGCGCUGGCCGACCUGCUCAUCACGGGGCUGGUGUUCCCCGCCUCGGCCGUCGUCAUCCUGGCCGGCAUGCGCGACACGCAGACGGCGUGCAGCUUCCACUGGAUCGUCAGCGUGCUCUGCUGUCUCGUGACGGUGUUGACGUUCUCGGCCAUCGCGGUGGAGAACCUGAUGCGGCUGUGCCUGCCGCCCAGCUGGUACGAGGUGGUGACGCCCGUCAAGAUCUCCGUCCUCAUGGUGCUCAUCUGGGCCGUGAGCGCCACGGUGGUGGGCCUGCAGACUUUCCUGCCCAUCGGGCCCGACUACUGCCACCGCAAGUUCGCCGGGCUGCUGCCCUACCAGAUGACGGUGGUGGUGAUGCUGGUGGCGGUGCCGCUGGCCGUCACCCUGCUCUGCUUCAUCGUCAUCCUGGUGCGCGUCAACUCGGCCAAACUGCCGCCCAGCUUCAAGCCGCCCGUCACCUUCUCCUGGGACUACUCCCUCAUGAAGACCAACUUCCUGUCCUUCAUCUGCUUCGUGAUCUUCUGGACCCCGUUCGGCAUGGUGCUGGAGGUCAAGUCCAUCAACACCGUCUCGCCGCGCGUGCUGUACCACUUGGCGUGGUUCGCGCUCAGCAAGUCCUGCCUCAACAACUUCCUGUACUGCGUGACCAACCGCCACUUCCGCAACGCCUACAUCAACCUGUUCCACUACUGCUGCUGCAAGACGACGGUGGCCGUGUCCAGGCGGCCGCGCGCCGUGGACGCCUCGCGGCCCACCGGCGACGUGCGCGUCCACAUCAUCCCCGGGUACAACAUGUACUCCUACACGUCGCCGCAGCGCGCCGGCCAGGCCGUGUCCAAGCCCACGGCCAAGCGCACGCCCGGCAUGGGGGCGGCGCGGCCCCAGCGCGCCAACGGCAGGGAGGUGUACGAGCUGUGAGCAGCUGUGAGCGUCCUAAAGGAAGGCCAACAUCUUGGAGGGGUCCAGUCUUUGAACCAUGUUUUCCAUUUGGUUCCCAUUUCACGAGCCCUUACUUAGCUUGGGAAGUUAUGGUGGAUUUUAAAAAAAAACAGGAUUUUGUUUUGGUUUCCUUACUUCAAGGCAUGCUUUGUUAAAAAUCUUGUUUAAAUCGGGAUGAAAAAAAUGGAAAACAAAUUGUUCAGAGUAUUUGGGUCGUGGUGUUCCAGUGUGGUGGACUGGAACGAAACAGAGAGUGAAUCCAAAGCGAAACGAGUGAUCUCUAGUAUCUGUGAGCUUAGUCAUAUGACGGGGAAGACCAACAAAUUUGGAAAGACUUUGAUUGAUUGUCCCUCCUAUGACUGCAAAGUCAUGGCUCAUUGUGUGUAUAUUAUAAAAUAAGCCUGAAGCUUAUGCUAUCGACUGUCCUGGUGCUGCAAGCGUAUGUGUCAUAGUCCAUUCCAGGUAAUAAGUUACCAUAUGAGGUACUUGUACAAACUUUGAGGUGUUUCCACACAAAAUGUGGACAUAAUAAUGCAGUACUUAAGUUGAGAGUCGUGGUUUAAUAGAGGCCAAAGAUCAAGCAAGAACUGCAUCUCUUGGUGCCAAUCUCAAUGUGUAGUGUUACAUUGUAGUUUAUUUGAAUGUUACAUGCAUCCAAUUUGCAUUCAUAAAAUUACUGUAUCAACAAAGUUAUCCAAUGUAAAGAAAAAAGAUACAUCUUAUUGAUCUGCAUUUUAAAAGCUAUUCCAAGAGUAUACCAUUUGUAUCUGUGAAUAGGUCUAAAACAUUUUCUUCAAGACUUAAGAUUCAUUCCAUCCGAGAACAAAUUAUGAGAAAUAAUUUGUUAUGAACUGACAUUAGACCCAGUUUAGUGAAAAUGACCAUUCCCAUUACUGCAGUUAGUGUCUCUCCCUAUCCAUCCACAAAGCUGGAUGACCUGUAGAUUUUAGUUCUGUAAAUUAUACUUAUUCUGAUUGUGUGUGUAGCUGUAACUGAUAGUUCUUGUAAGUACGUACAUCUAUCAUUAGAAUUUUUCACUGUACAAACUGAGCUAAUGAUUUUCCUUAUGGUUUGACUGAAUGAAAGAAAAAGUUAAGUUUAUAAAUUUAAAAAACAAAAGCAAUUUCUUCAAUUUCUACGAGUCACAAAACAAAAAAAAGGUCGGAGCAACUUUGAGAAGUGAGAAUACAAUCACAUGCCUCAAAGUGAAAAGAGACUGUGACUUUUAAGUCAAAGAUGAUAUGAGAACUUCUAAUACAAAAGUUAAAUUCAUCAACUUUGUGGCUGGUUACUGUAUUUUAUUUAAGUAAAUUAAUUUUAUCAUGAAGAAGUCUGCUUUGUUCAGCCCUUAAUGUAUUAACAAAGCCUCUUGAAUUCCUUGCCUGAAAGAAAAACUGGCAAAUGUUACCUAUCUUAGUACUGUAUCUGUCUUGUACUGAAUGUGUCCCUCCUAAGAUCAGAAUGUACUUUUGUAUUCCUUUUUGUAUCCACAUCUUUACUUGUGGUGUAGUAAGUAAGAAGGGGGUGGGAAGGAUAUUUGUAAGGAAGAACGCAACUAUUUUCAUACACUGACACUUUCAUCCCUGUAUCCUAUGAAUGUGAUCUGAUGAGAAAAAUAUGACACGGUUGCAUAGCAAAUGUCCUUGUGGUGCACAGCAGUUGUUGCUGCUUGAGCAACUAACCACACUCUAUUGUGUUUAUCAAUAUUGUACAAAUAAUAUACCGCCUACUUGUACUGCUUGCCUUAGAAUGUUUGAGAAUUUUUGAUAUUGAAAGGAUGAAAUAAAAGAAUCGAAUGUGAAACCCUCUAAUAAUGUGGGCAAUUGCUUAAGGCUACAGAUAGAAUAAAAUUGGCAGCCCUUGAUGUCUUCUGCUGCUAAAGCAGUAUCAAAGUAUGUUAAUACUGUAAUGUCUUGUUUACGGCUUAUGUCUAUGUUAGAAAUGAAUGUG